AUGAAGGCUCCAACAAUGUCCAAAUGCCACCACAGUAACAGAUGCCUGGUUUGGGAGUUCGUUCUUCUUGUGUUGCUCUUAGAAAUCACCCGUGUUGACAGCUUUUACUUACCUGCCGGUGAUUAUUACUGUCACCCAGAAGACGUGUGUCCUCCGUGCCCUGCCUGUCCUGAACAGAGGAUCAAGCAAGUCCUGUUGAGAUGGUUUCUCCAUUGGUCGGACACUGUCGAAGUAUUGGCCAGGAGCUUUGCACUGGGUUUUGGGCUUCGCAUGUUGAAAUACAUUCUCUGGGAAGACAGCAGAACGAUGACAGUAAACAGCAGCACUGCAGAGGAAGCCAACAACAGCAGCAUCAAUGACGAAAGAGACCCAGCCGAGAUAAUGCUGCGGGCUUUGCCGUCCCAAAUGAAGAUUGCAUCAAUAUCGGGGUUGUCCAUGUCAGCUCUUAUAUUUGGCCUUUCAUUGUUCCUGCCCACAAACUUCCGAUCCAACUGGUUUCAGGAUCAUUCCGAUAGGGUGUAG